UUGUUUUUUCAGUUUAGCAUUAGCAAGAUUAAAAAUCGUAGUAAAAACAGAAAAUGAAACGACUCGUCGUCUUUUCUUUCAUUCUGCUGGUGAAUUUUUGUUCGGGGAUGUAUCGGUAUAGGUUGGGCGGAGAGCUGGACCGUCAACUGUCUCCCUACACCAUUGAAAACGAUGCUAAUGACCGAGAGGAGGAGGAAAGGGAAGAUAUGUUGUAUAAAUACAUGAUGGAGCAGCUUAUUCGUGAUAUAGGAAAGGAAAAUACCUUUGAAAACGAACUCCAAGACAACGAUAGUCCCCCCAGUGCUUUAGAAGAGCUGACUCGUCUUGAGAACACAAUCGAUGAUUUGGAUAAAGACGGAAGAUGGGUAGACGAAGUUGAGACGCUGGAAAACGAAUUUCCUCCUAACUACCACAACGUCACAGAGUUUCGAACCAAAAUUGGGAAUCAGUCAGUUCAUGUGAAAGAAUCUAUCGACAAAAACACCCUGGGGAAUGAAGGUCAAUCUGAAUGGCUGUCCGAAGAAAUCACCUCAAAAAGCGAUGUCAAACGAGACCGAGGCCCAUGGAAAUGUUCGAUCGCAUUCCCAUGUUCAGAAGACGAAUAUUGCUUUGAAACUCAAACAUCAAGCGAGUGCAAAGAAUGUAAAUUAGAAGGAGACCAAUGUGUGGAUAAUGCGGAGUGUUGUCAGGAACCUCAUGCCAACUACGAUCACCAAGCUAUGUGUGUAUUCGGUCGGUGUAAACUAUCUACAAGACCAGGAGCAAUUGGUACCAUUUGUGAGGUUCCUGACGAUUGUGAUGCUGGUAUGUGUUGUGCGGACACACCUGGCUACGCGAGAUCAUUAUGUAAACCAAACGCCAGGGUUGGAGAGCGUUGCUCGGUUGAACCAGAUUACAAUCCAUCUGAAUACAUUGUCUUUGAAGAUGGGCAAUAUUUUUGUCCAUGCGAAUCGGACCUGACUUGUGUUAGCAGAGGUACAAACAAAGAGGACAACCUACAGGAUUAUAACACUCCACGGUUCUGCGAAAUGCCUCGGCUAAACUUAGAUCGUGCGAGUACAAAGGACAAGGUGCAAAUUGAAAGAGACCUUUUAGCAAAGCUGUUUCCGGAACUGGUUGUACCGCACUGGCAGCAGCGUAUGGAGACGAUAGAAGACCAACAGUUCACUUCAAAAAUGAAUCCAAGUCUUCACAAAACGACCAAAAAAGCAAUGGAGGAAAACGAAUUGAUCAUGUAAAUGAGAAAUUUAGGUUACAAACGGUACUAUUACACGUUACGCACAUAUGCCAAAACCACAUUAUAGCCUGCAGUCAACCGAAUAUGUUUAUAUUAGUAACAAGUCAAUAUUAUUUCGCAUUCUUUUGCAACGAUUUGCACAUAUUAUGUACAUUCCCAUUUAAGUCCGGAGCACGGAAACGCACUAAGAUCAUCGUUAAGACGUUUCGUUGUUGCUGUUGUCUUCGUUGUAACUCACGACUUGAAGCCAAAAAUGCCAGAGAUUUAUUUUCAAACAAUAUUGUGGUCUGUGUGUUUACGAAGCGCGCAGAGCUAUAAGGCCUAGCCGUAGCGUAUUUUUGUUGUCACCCACUGUCAUUUACUGUUGUGAUAUUAAACUUGUUUCCUUGUAUUGUAAACGAUGGUGACAGUAUAGGUAAGGUACGUGGAAGAAUUGUCUUGUUUUGAUGUUUACGUGAA